AUGGAUGGAGAUCGUUUCCAAGAUCCUAACGUUACCGUAGCGAACAAGUUUGAGGAGGGGAAGGAGUUCGAGGCAGCAGCAGCGGAGAGGGCGAAGGAGUCGCAGCUGAGCGAGGCGACUAGGAGGAAGCUACAAAGGCGCUCUCAGAUUCUGAGUGCGGAGGUGAAGUCGGAGCUGUCUAGAGCAGUGGCUCAACUCCGGCACACUUCGCAUCACUACAAGCACGUGAAGAAUGAGAUCGAGACCGCUCUGCGACACAAAGACAGAAAGCUCGCAGAGCUCUCGAAGGCGGAGGGAAGGAUACAGGGGCUUGAAGAGCAGGUGAACGAUCAGAAGAAGAUAAUCCAGGAGCUCAACAAGGCAAAGGAGGACGCGCAUUUUCAGAUCCAGCGCAUGAGUCUGGAAGUUGACAACUUGCGCAAAGCAAAGGAAGACCUGGAGGGGACGAUCUCACACCUUGAAGAGAAAAAUUCCCACAACGAACUGUCAUACUCGAAACAGACCCAAGAAUCUAACAACAUCAUGGUCCACAACACAAGUUUGAAGAGCCAGCUGAAGGAUGCAAACAACACGAUCAACGUCUUGAGGGAGGAGAACGCAAGCUUGAUCAAGACUCGAGACCACCUCAUGGCUCAACUCAAGAACUCAAAGGAGGUCGUCGCUCGGAUCACGGCAGAUAACCUGAUGUUCCUCAACAAGAUCAAACACUCGGAGGCGAAGGUGGAGCAAGCAGUGAAGGAGCGAGAAGUCCUGAGAAAGGAGCUCAACGAGAACGACGGCCGCUGGUUCGAGCAUCUCCGCGACGAGCUGCAGAAGGUCACGCAGACCCACCUGGACGCCAUCGAAGAGAGCGAGCAGCGGAUGAUGGCGAGGGAGGAAGAGGACAGGAAGAAGCUGGAGGAAGCAGAGGCGCUGCUAGAGGCAGCGCGAGCCGAGGGCAGGAGGCUGGAGGAGGAGCGGAACUCCUCGAGGGAGGAGGCGAAGACGUUGUCGCUGAAGUUCUCUGCCCUCUCGGAGUCCCACGAGGCCCUCAGCUCCAAGAAGGAGGAGCUGGAGCUGCAGGUGGCCUCCGCCACCAGCUCAGCUGAGAGCAUGCAGAAGAAGAUGGAGGAGCUGAGCAAGGAGUUGGAGCAGCGAGGAACGGCAGCAGCAGAGCUUCAGGAGCUCAACGAGAUUGUGCUGAGGGAGAAGCAGGAGGAGGAAAGGAAACUUUACUCCCUCCAGGCUGACCUCGACAUCUCUCUCAAACGAAGCCGAGCCCUCGAGCAGGACAUCAACUCGUUGAAGCACGAGAAGGAUGUGUUGGCUCGGCAGCUCUCGACUCUCUCUCAGACUUCUUUGUAA